AAGAUGACACAGGAGCAGAUUUUUAAGCAUUGAUGAAGCUGGGAUGGUUAUUAAUGGCUUGCCCCAUGAAUUGAACAUCUUUCAGCUUCAGGAAGUCAAAAGCCCUGGGAAAGAUACUGUGGUGAAGAAGGAUAGCGAGGAUGCUCCACCAACUUCUGUGGUGAAGAAGGAUAGCGAGGAUGCUCCACCAAAUUCUGUGGUGAAGAAGGAUAGCAAGGAUGCUCCACCAACUUCUGUGGUGAAGAAGGAUAGCGAGGAUGCUCCACCAACUUCUGUGGUGAAGAAGGAUAGCGAGAAUACUCCAUCGGCCAAGGAAGUUCCUUCUGACAAUGAGUUUGAGAAACGCUUAAGGCCAGAGGUUAUCCCUGCAAAUGAGAUUGGAGUGACUUUAGAUGAUAUUGGAGCCUUGGAUGAGAUUAAAAAAUUACUACACGAGCUCGUCAUACUACCUCUGGAGAGUCCAGAACUCUUCAUAGGUAACCUUUGUAGGCCCUGCAAAGGUAUCUUACUAUUUGGGCCACCUGGUACUGGGAAAACCAUGCUGGCAAAGGCCAUUGCAAAUGAAGCUGGGGCAAGUUUCAUCAAUGUCUCAAUGUCAACCAUCACUUCCAAAUGGUUUGGAGAAGAUGAAAAGACUGUUCGAGCAUUGUUCACUCUUGCAGCAAAGGUCUCUCCAACUAUCAUUUUUGUGGAUGAGGUUGAUUGCAUGCUUGGGGAGAGAACUAGAGCUGGAGAGCAUGAGGCCUCGAGGAAGAUUAAGAAUGAAUUCAUGACUCAGUGGGAUGGAUUGAUGGAAAAAUCUGGUGAGAGAAUUCUUGUUCUUGCUGCAACCAAUAGACCUUUUGACCUUGAUGAAGCCAUUAUCAGGCGUUUUCAGCACAGAAUUAUGGUUGGUCUGCCAUCGGUCAAGGACAGGGAAAUGAUCUUUAAAAUUCUUCUGUCAAAGGAAAAGGCAGAAGAUCUCAACUUCAAGGGGCUUGCAGCUAUGACAGAAGGAUAUACCGGAAGUGAUCUCCAGAACUUGUGUAGGGCAGCAGCGGUUCGACCUGUUUUAGAGCUUGCACAGAAGAAGGGGAUGAUGGAUACGGUAGGGAAUAAAAGAAAGGCAGCAGGGAAGAGCUCUGAAGAUGCUUUAGACUCAAAAGGAAAAGGCAAAGAGGAGCAAGCAAUUGAAUUGAGAACUCUGAACAUGGAAGAUCUGAGGGAAGCAAAGAAUCGGGUUGCUGCAAGUGUUUCUGCUGAGGGAGAAGGAAUGAGCAAGCUAAGGCAGUGGAACGAGUUUUAUGGAGACGGAGGUUCAAGGAAGAAGAAGCAGCUGCUAACUUACUACGUGUAGAGAGCCGGAAACUUUCUCGAGUCUUAACGUAUAAAACUGUGUGGAGAAUGAUGGACUAUUUUAAUAAUUAUUGGGUGUUCGCUACGUGAAUGUAUACUAUGUGAAUGUGUGAAUGUAUUAUACGAGAAUGUAUUUUAUGUGAAUGUAUUAUGGUAUUUGGCUAUGCUCUGGUACUUAAUAUUGGAUUGUUUUGAUGAUGUCUUGUUGUCUAAAACUCUUUGGAUCGUAGAAUG